AGGUAGUUCAGGUCAAUUCGACAAGAAUGAGAAUUUUCAACCUUACCUUUUUGUUACUUACCAUCUUAGUGAUUCUCACUGCUGUGGACGUUGGUGAAUGCGGAAUUAUCAGAAAGAUAGCAGGAGGAUUGGUUAGAAACCUUCCGAUUAUCGGUACGGUCGUUCGCACAGGAUUGGGAAUAGUUAAAAAAGUCAAAGGUGGAAAGUGAUAUUUUGUGCCCGAUUGUCGAU